AGAGGAAAAAGAAAAAUUAAAGGCAACUACUUCCACUCCUGAACUCCUCUCUCUCUCUCUCUCUCUAAAAAGAAAGAAAAAGAAAGGAGCUUGUUAGAGAGUUUUGGCUGUUAAGUACGUAAGAGAAAAGUUCCAUUUUUUCUUGAAGUGAGAAAGAAAAGUAAACUGACAAGCUGUAAGAAACAGGAUCUUUUGUUUCUGUGUUAGAGGUGUUCAAGGCAAACGACUAGGGUUGUGGUUUAUCUUAGUUGUGCUUUGUUUUGGUUCAAAGGGGAUUUUGUUGGUGGUUUCCAAUUCUUAGUCGACUUGUGCAUGGAUUUCAGGUGAAGAUUGGAUUUGAACAAUCGGGUUAGGACUCAUUUCCUGUAAAAUUAAAUUGCUACGGUCCAGGAUUCUGAAGUUCAGUUCCCGUGGGAAUCAAUCGAGCGGAUGCGAAGGGAGUUUUGAAGUACUUAGUGAUAGCUAGAGAAUUAUAUUGAUUCAGUAUGGAAAUGGCUUCAAGAGUGGAGAUUGAUGAAGAUAGUGACAACAACAAGGGAAGUAUGUGGGAUUUGGAUCAGAAGCUUGAUCAGCCAAUGGAUGAGGAGGCUGGGAGGCUUAGAAACAUGUACAGGGAGAAGAAAUCCUCUGCAUUAUUGCUUCUGCGGCUUGCAUUCCAAAGUCUUGGAGUGGUUUAUGGCGACUUGGGCACUUCUCCCUUAUAUGUUUUCUACAAUACAUUUCCUGGUACAAUCGAAGAUCCAGAGGAUGUUGUUGGAGCUCUUUCAUUGAUUAUAUACUCCCUUACUCUUAUCCCACUCCUCAAGUAUGUGUUUGUUGUGUGUAGAGCAAAUGACAACGGUCAAGGUGGAACAUUUGCUUUAUAUUCGUUGCUUUGUAGGCAUGCAAAAAUAAAAACCAUUCCUAAUCAACAUAGGACUGAUGAGGAGCUAACAACUUAUAGUCGUUCUACAUUUCAUGAACAAUCAUUUGCUGCUAAAACAAAGAGAUGGUUGGAGAGACAUGUAUCCAGGAAGAAUGCGCUUCUUAUUCUUGUCCUGGUUGGUACAUGCAUGGUCAUUGGUGAUGGAAUACUCACUCCGGCAAUAUCAGUUCUUUCAGCAGCUGGGGGCAUCAAAGUUGACCAUCCAAACAUGAGCAAUGAUGUUGUUGUGGUGGUCGCUGUUGUAAUAUUAGUGGGUUUAUUUAGCAUGCAACACUAUGGUACAGAUAGAGUUAGCUGGCUCUUUGCCCCAAUCGUGCUCCUUUGGUUUCUUGUAAUCGGAGGCAUUGGCAUAUUUAAUAUUUGGAAAUAUGACAGCAGUGUUUUGAAAGCAUUUUCACCUGUGUACAUAUUCCGAUAUUUUAAGAGGGGAGGGAAAGAAGGAUGGACCUCCCUUGGAGGUAUUAUGCUUAGUAUCACAGGUACUGAGGCGCUUUUUGCAGAUCUAGCCCAUUUUCCAGUUUCAGCUGUGCAGCUUGCUUUUACAGUAGUUGUAUUUCCUUGCCUUCUUCUAGCAUAUUCUGGACAAGCAGCCUAUCUCAUGACUCACAGGGACCAUGUGGUCGAUGCUUUUUAUCGCUCUAUCCCAGAUAGCAUAUAUUGGCCUGUUUUUGUUAUUGCUACUGCCGCUGCUAUAGUUGCAAGUCAGGCCACCAUAUCAGCAACCUUUUCAAUAAUCAAGCAAGCCCUUGCACAUGGUUGUUUUCCACGAGUGAAGGUUGUACAUACGUCAAAGAAGUUCCUUGGCCAGAUAUAUGUUCCAGAUAUUAAUUGGAUCCUUAUGGUUCUUUGCAUUGCUGUUACGGCUGGAUUCAAGAACCAAAGCCAAAUUGGAAAUGCUUAUGGGACAGCUGUGGUGAUCGUCAUGUUGGUAACCACAUUAAUUAUGACUUUAAUCAUGAUUUUGGUGUGGCGCUGUCAUUGGAUUCUUGUCCUCCUCUUCACUGGCUUGUCCUUGGUUGUAGAGUGCACAUACUUUUCUGCUGUACUCUUCAAGGUUGAUCAAGGUGGCUGGGUGCCCCUUGUUAUUGCAGCAGCGUUUCUGCUUAUCAUGUAUGUUUGGCAUUAUGGUACAGUGAAGCGAUAUGAGUUUGAAAUGCAUAGUAAGGUUUCAAUGGCAUGGAUUCUUGGGCUUGGCCCUAGUUUAGGUCUAGUCCGGGUUCCUGGAAUCGGACUAGUGUACACUGAGCUAGCAAGUGGGGUGCCGCACAUAUUUUCCCACUUCAUCACUAACCUGCCUGCCAUCCAUUCUGUUGUUGUUUUUGUCUGUGUGAAGUACCUUCCCGUCUACACUGUCCCGGAAGAAGAAAGGUUCCUUGUAAAGAGGAUAGGACCGAAGAGUUUUCACAUGUUCCGUUGUGUUGCUAGGUAUGGCUACAAAGACCUUCACAAGAAAGAUGAUGAUUUUGAGAAAAAACUGUUUGAUAGCCUGUUCUUGUUUGUCCGGCUUGAGUCUAUGAUGGAAGGGUUUUCAGAUUCAGAUGAAUAUAGUUUGUACGGCCAGCAAACUGAGCGGUCAGGAGAUGGUCUGUUGAAUAAUAAUAAUGGCAACACGAUUUCCUUCAAUAUCGAUACCACAAUAUCAUCUGUGGAUUCAAUUGUACCUGUCAGAUCUCCAAUGCAUGCAAAUUUGACUGUCAGAUCGUCUGGGCAAGUAAGCAGCCAGACCGAGACUGAUGAAUUAGAAUUUUUGAAUAGCUGUAGGGAUGCUGGGGUUGUGCACAUCCUGGGGAAUACAGUGGUGAGAGCAAGAAGGGAUGCAAGAUUCUACAAAAAAAUAGCUAUUGAUUAUGUAUAUGCAUUUCUUAGGAAGAUAUGUAGGGAAAAUAGUGUGAUUUUUAAUGUUCCUCAUGAGUGUCUAUUGAACGUGGGACAGAUUUUUUAUGUAUAACUUUUUGGUUCUAUAUGAAUAAGAGUAAUUGUUUUUAUC